CCAGCUGUUUAUUGAGUUUCAAAACAUAACUUAAAUAUAAUAAAUUAUUGAACAAUGUCUACUUUUAAGCCGAAAUUCUUGAAACCGGAUACAGACGAUGCAAUUUCAGAUAACGUCGGCGGCGAUCAGCAGUCCUCAGCCUUUGUAUUCAAUGCCAAUCACAAUCUGGGUCUUGUGGAGCAGAGAGAACGCUUGCCCAUACGUCAAUAUCGUGAACAAAUUCUGUAUUGUUUGGAAAAGCACCAGGUGGUAAUUCUAGUGGGUGAAACAGGCAGUGGCAAGAGCACACAGGUACCCCAGUAUUUGUACGAGUGGGGCUGGCAUUCUAAGGGACUCAUAGGCAUCACCGAACCCCGGCGUGUUUCCACCGUUACCCUGGCGAAUCGGGUGGCCCAAGAACGCGGUGAACUGGUGGGCGAUACAGUGGGCUAUGUGGUGCGCUUCCUUGAAAGGAUAACCGCGGAGACCAAGAUCAAGUUCAUGACCGAGGGCAUCUUGCUGAGAGAGCUCCUCGCUGAUCCGUUGCUCACUCAAUAUGGCGUUAUCAUCGUGGAUGAAGCCCACGAGCGGAAUAUGCUCACCGACAUGGUGCUGGGUCUGCUCAAGAAGAUUCUGCGCAAGCGGAGCGGCCUCAAGCUCAUCAUUUCGUCGGCCACCAUUGAUGCGGGCUUCUUCAGCGAGUUUUUCAGCUGGCCAGGAUCAGGAGAAGUCAGUGUGAAACUCAGCAUUGAAGGACGCAUGCAUGCUGUGAGUAAUUUCUACAUUACCGAGCCCUGUGCUGAUUACGUCAAAGAAACGGUGGAAACGAUCUGGAAGCUCCAUCAAAAGGAACCGCCCGGCGAUAUUUUGGCCUUUUUAACCGGCCAGGAGGAAGUCCUGGAGGCAUUGGAUCUCCUACGAGAAUACAUCGCCAGUUCAGAGAAGGAAAAUCUAAAGGUGCUGCCAAUGUACGGAAGCAUGUCGAGUACCGAUCAACUGGCGGUGUUUUUUACCCCACCUAAAGGUAUUCGGAAAGUGGUACUGGCCACGAAUAUUGCAGAAACGUCUAUCACCAUUCCAGGCAUAGUUUAUGUCAUAGAUUGCGGGUACGUCAAGGUAAAAUGGUACAAUCCCAACACCUGCAGUGACAGCUUAGUCGUAGUUCCAGUAUGCAGGGCUUCGGCGAUUCAAAGAGCAGGACGAGCGGGACGUAUGCGUCCAGGGAAGGUCUACCGUUUGUACACUAAAUCAGACUUUGAUGGACUAGCUCCUCGGCAGCCACCAGAAAUGCGACGCAGUGAAAUGAGCGGAGCUGUACUCCAAUUAAAAGCUUUGGGUAUCAAAAACAUACUGCGCUUCAACUUCCCUUCGCCACCACCGGCACAGAAUCUUCUGUCUGCUUUGGAAGGACUCUUUGCCCUGGACGCUAUCGAUGAGCAGGGCAAUCUGACCAAGCCGGUGGGUUAUUUGCUUGCCGAGCUGCCCUUCAGCGCUAUGCUUUCCAAGAUGCUCUACGUUUCUGGGCAGAUGGGCUGCUCUGAGGAGAUCAUAACUAUCAUUGCGAUGCUGCAAGUGCAAUCUAUAUUCUCGCGACCAGUUUCUGCCGUUGCCCAGCAAAGUGGACGCAUCGCCCAUCGACAUUUUGAGGUCGCCGAAGGGGAUUUCAUUACCCUCUUGAACGUGUACACCGGAUUCGUGGAGGAGGGCAUGACGAAGGAGUUUUGCGGCCAAUACUACCUCAUCUAUAGAAAUCUUAAAAGGGCCCACGAGCUGAGAGAGCAACUUAUUACUUUAGCUAGAAAGAAGUAUGGUAUUCCUAUCUUCUCUUGCAAAGGCGAUGUAGAGACGUUGUGCAAAUGCAUCACGGCCGGCUUCUUCACUCAGGUGGCUUAUCUGCAUCACUCUGGAGUUUAUCGUCAAAUUAGCAGUGGCACCGAACUGGCCAUACAUCCAAACUCCACGCUUUACACAUUGCCCCAAGCGCAGUAUGUGGUUUACGGGGAAUUGCUCCAGACGACGAAAUUGUUCAUGAAUCACAUUACAGUGAUCAAGAGGGAAUGGUUGACGGAGCUGGCUCCACAUUACUACCAGCAAACCACAGUGCGGGAUUAGCAGGAAACGAAGUAUUAGGGAUACAAAUAAACGCCUCAUAAAAACAACUUAAGCUUAAAGGAUGUGAUUCUGGGACUAUUCUCUUUUGGAUCCUAGCCAGCGGCCACACGCCCUCGACCCUGGAACAACAUCAUGGACUCG